AUGGAACCCAGAAAUCACACAGAUGUUUCAGAAUUUCUUCUGCUAGGAUUGACAGAUGAUUCAGAACUGCAGCCCUUCCUAUUCUGUCUGUUCCUGUCCAUGUACCUGGUCACUAUCCUGGGAAAUCUGCUCAUCAUCCUGGCCAUCAGUUCUGACUCCCACCUCCACACCCCCAUGUACUUCUUCCUCUCCAACCUGUCCUUUACUGACAUCUGUUUAAGCACAACCACCAUCCCAAAGAUGCUGGUGAACAUCCAAGCACAGAACCAGAGUAUCACUUAUACAGGCUGCCUCACCCAGGUUGGAUUUGUCCUGGCUUUUGGUGGCUUUGAAAAUUUUCUCCUUGCAGCAAUGGCCUAUGACCGCUAUGUGGCCAUUUGUCACCCCUUGAGGUACACUGUUAUCAUGAACCCCCAACUCUGUGUUCCGCUGAUUCUACUCUCACUGUUCUUUAGCCUUGUGGUUGCCUUGCUCCAUAGUCUAAUGGUGCUACGGUUAUCCUUCUGCAAGGAAGAAAUGGAAAUCCCCCAUUUCUCCUGUGAACUUGCUCAGGUCAUCAAGCUUUCCUGUUCUGAUACCCUCAUCAAUAACAUCUUGAUUUAUUUUGUGGCUAGCCUAUUUGGUGGUAUUCCUCUCUCUGGGACCAUUUUCUCUUAUACUCAAAUUGUCUCCUCUGUUUUGAGAAUGCCAUCAGUGGGAAGAAAGCUCAAAGCUUUUUCCACCUGUGGGUCUCACCUGUCAGUUGUGUCCUUGUUCUAUGGGACAGUUGUUGGAGUAUACAUUGGUUCUGUAGUUACUGACUCUUCCAAGAAGACUGCAGUGGCUUCAGUGAUGUAUGUCAUGGUUCCUCAAAUGAUGAACCCCUUUAUCUACAGCCUGCGGAACAGGGACAUGAAGGGAGCCUUGAGAAAACUCAUCAGUGAGAUGCCUUCUUUGCUGUGA